AUGUCUAAACAACCGUCAAGCCCAAUGGGUGGUCAAUUACCAUCAUAUACUAUUGGAGAUGUUGGAAAUCAUACAGCAGCGCCAACAGCUGCACCCUCACAUCCACUGGCACGACCACACCCUUCUCAAAUAAUGAAUCCCGAUACGGCGUUUUUAGAAGCGUAUGAAUGUGCAAAAUUAAAUCGUACGUGGGAAAAAGUCUCUGGUGCAUUAUUAGCGCAUGCGGAUUGGUUAACUCGAAUUCCUGAUGGUCGUUCAUGGACAAUGCUACAUCAAAUCGUUUUUUCUGGGGAUGUCAUACACUUGAAUGAAGUUCUUGCUCUACAAGCAGGUAAUCCACAAUUUCGUCUUCUUUUUCAAGCACGAGAUGGCAAAACUGUUCGUGAUGUUGCUACUGAACGUUCGCAACUUUAUCCGAAUAUGUUACGGCGUAUUGAACGACUUGUUGCUGUUGAUGAAUUACUAAAUAAUGCUAAAGAGCGUAAAUGGGAGUUAGUUAAACAAUGCAUUACCGCACAACCGGAUAUUGUCAACGAAAAACCACCGUAUCGUCGUUAUUAUUUAGCGCAUCAUCUUGCUUAUGUUGGACAACUCGAUAAAUUUAAAGAAUUAAGCACAAUUUGCCAUUUUAAACUUGAUCUACUUGCUGAAGGCAAAACUAUCAGUCAAAUUGCACGUGAACAUAAUAAAAUACCAUUUGCUGAAUACGUUGAACAUCUUCAACCCGAAUCAAAUGACACAACUGAAGGUACGACUGCUUCUGCAGCAGCCUCCUCGUCACAUUCAGCAAGUGGUGGAUCAUAUUAUGGUACAAGCUAUAAUGAUGAUCUUUGUAUAUCAUUCAUUCCUGCACAUGUUGCUACGAGUUUGACCAACGAUCACUAUUUUGUAACGCACACUCUUUAUCAAGGCGGAUAUCCAACGUCAAUAGCAGCGCCAGCGCCAGCGACAACAAACCAUUAUCAUCAUCAGAAUAAUCAUAAUGAUAAAAAACCUGCGAAGUCGAAAGCAACCGCUUCGAGUGCAACCACUGAGGAGGAGGACAAUGCUUAUGAACAAACAGUGAUAAAUAAUGUUGCGCAUAUGUCGGAGAAAAAUCUGCUUAAUUCAAUUACUUGUUGUAUUACAAAAGCCAUACUACGUGAUCCAGUUGUGGCUGCUGAUGGUUUUACAUACGAGCGAGAAGCUAUAACCAAAUGGUUUGAAACUUCAAAUCGUAGCCCAAUGACAAAUCAAGAACUUGAAGAUCUCGAAUUAAAACCAAACUUCGCUAUUAAAUCCAUUCUGCAAGCUCUUCAAGGAGCAAAUUCAUUACCAGCGAAAUUUCUAUUUAAAUUAAUUAUGAGUGACGAGAAUCUUUUACAUGAAGCGAUCAACAAUUCGAAAGAGUUUGUAAAUUUUCCUGGAGUUUUAAUGGCUGUUAGUCUUCAUCCGGAAUGGUUAACUAUGAUUCCUGAAGGUCGAGUAUGGGCAAUUCUGCAUCAAGUUAUAUUUUCUGGUAAUGUGAACAAUCUAUAUCAGUUACUUGCUUUACAAAAAUUGAAUAAAACAUUUCGCUUAUUAACCAACACACGUGAUAAUAAAACUGUACUGGACAUUGCAUCCAUACGUCCUGAUACGUCCGAAAUGAAAAUGCAUAUUGAAAAACUCAUUAAACUUGAUGAAAUGCUUAACUAUGCCAAAGAUUGUGAGUGGAACAGAUGUUAUGAAAUUGUUAAAGAAAAUCCAGGUUUUGCAAAUGAGAAACCACCAUAUCGUCUAUUUUAUUUAAUUCAUCAUAUGGCAUGUGCAGAUGCUAUGGAAGAAUUUAAUAAAUUUAAAGAAAUAAAAAAUUGUAAAUUUGAUUUAAAUUUGAGGGCUAAUCGUCUAAAAGUUAAUAAGAUUGCUGAGCAAGAACAAAAACCAGCCUUUGCCAGAUUUAUAGAACGCGAGUACCCAAGUUUGUUAGAUGAAGACGUAGAACUAGAGAAACCAUCGGACGAAGCACGAAGACGUACAGUUACUAUAAAUGCUAUAAUGGAAAAUAAAGUCAUCGCCAAAACAUUAGAUGACAAUCUUAUGGGCGCACCUGUAAAAUCAGCAAAGAAUCGAGGUGAAGUAAUGACCUACUUGAAUCAAGUGCGAAAUCAAUCUGAAAGAGAAUUGCAAGGCAAAGAAAAACAAACUAUCAAACCUGAAGAAGCCUCACAUCAAGAAAUGUUACUCGACAAUUUGAUAUGUCCCAUUGCACUGGCUAUUUUUACUGAUCCGGUGAUUGCUGCUGAUGGAUUUACCUAUGAACGUUCAGCAAUUGAGAACUGGCUUAACAACAACGAUCGCUCACCCAUGACAAAUCAAGUACUUCCUAAUAAAUUUCUUAGUCCAAAUACAGUUAUCAAACAGAUUAUUGCUGCUGUUGAACUUAUGACCUAA